AUGGAGGAGGCUCCAAAACAACGCCAGACGUUCGGUGCAGCUCAGGACAACCGGAGACCCGCUCUGCCAUCGCUUCCACCUCCUCCUCCGCCACCACCGCCACCUGCGCCAACAGCGUCUCCUCCUACGGCGUCGACUUUCGGCACCACCCGCGUCCACUUCUCCUUCCCAUCCGAACCCGCCAUCUUCGGCAACAACAGCCUUGCAAAUAGGGGCGACUUCCAGUUCGAGACGUCUCACGGUCAGGACUCCUCGUCUGCCCAGAGAGACGGUGACGGCAGAUCUUCUUUCACGAGCGCCGAGCAGAGAACGACACCUGCGGUGAGGAGUCAAGAUCUGCGCCAAUUCCCGACGUUUUCUACAUCACGUGCUCCUGCCUCCGUAACCCCACCUCCACCACGGCAAACUGCGAGCGCUGAAAGAAGUUUCCAGGCAUUCGCGAACCAAAGACAGGCGCCCGUCCCCAACGCGCCUUCUUCGGCGGGCCAAACGCUGCGCUUCAACUUCAGGCAAUCCAGUGGUCAAGAGAGAACGAACCCGCCACCACCACCACCAUCCAGAUCAUUUCAGACGCCAAUCACAAGCUCUUUCGUCACUUACUUCACUAAUUCAGAUUCGAGGGAUUCACAGAAAUCUGCACCACUGACGGAGACUCGGGACAGGCAACAAACUGAACCACGUCUGAACUUCCGCAGCGGCAGCUUCCGAACGACACCGCCACGCCCACCUCCCCAAAGGCCAACAUCGACAUCCACCUUCCAGGGACCGCCAUCUUCGCAGACGCCGCGUGCAGCCUCGAGGAACAACUUCGAAGACAAUAACGACAGGUCACGCGAGUUCUCGUCACCGAACUCUAGAGGUCAAUCAGUCUCCCAGAAGCAAUUUUCAAACAACCAGGCCCUGAACAAUUUCCAGGCAAACCAAAGGUCUCAAAACGACUUUUCCUCAAGCUCCAGGCCGUCAAACAGUUUUGAUAGCAAUGUCAAGGACCAGAACAGAGCUCAAGGAAACUCAAGAGUUCAGGAUGUCAGGUUUCAGAGCUUCGGCAACAGCCAGAACAACUUCCAGUCAAACGGCAGACCACUUUACACAAGCAACCAGCCGAGCACACAGGCACCGGCACAGCGCUCCCAGACUGGUUUCCCCGUAACCCAGAGGCCUCCUGUCUCGUUUCAAGGAAAUCAGAGAGACAAUAACGCCUUCACAAACAGCCCCCAGCAGAGAACCCAGAACAACUUCGCAGGAGCAGACCAGUCGCCACGUGACAGAAUUCAGACAAGUCAGCGCCUCCAGGAGGCUCCCCGUGGAAGACCGCAGAACAGCUUUCAGAACGUGCCUCCGCCACGUCCGCAGUCACCAUCGAUCUCCCCGCCGGCUGUUAGGAACCCGGCACCGCAGAACAACGGCAACGCGAAUCCGCAGGACAACCUAGAACCGUUCCGCAAUGACUUUCAGAUAGCGCUGAGGCAGCGAGCGUUCUCAGCAACGACAGCUUCGCCUGUGGACAACAACGACGCCGGAGGGAGGACAACGACCAGGCAGAGCUUCCAGUCGCCAUCGCAGGCCGACAACGGGGCAACGAAGAGAAAGAUCAACAGGGUCGUCUUCAUCCCCGGAAACUUCGGUGUGACCCCCACGCGGAGGCCAGACCCGUACCGAUCCAAGCUUCCAGGACUAGCCGGCUCUGACUAUCCCACGUACAGUGAGGUUCCAUUCACGAACUUCAAGUGCUCCGAGCAAAACACUGCAGGGAUGUUCGCUGACGUUGAAGCUGGCUGCCAGGUCUUCCACUCGUGCGACAACAACAACCGCCAGAAGAGCUUCCUUUGUCCCAACGGAACCAUCUUCAAACAGGAGCUUUUCACGUGCGACUGGUGGUACAACGUGGACUGCGACUCGUCGCCCAAUUUCUUCCACCUGAACGCAGACAUGUACACCACUCGGAGGCCCAAGCCACAGGACAGUCAGGACGACGUGAACGGCCAAUCCGACUCCGGUCGGAGCCGGUCCUUCUAGCUUUAGGCAUUGCCAUUGUCAUUGUGUAUUCACCUCCAUUUGCAAAACACACAGAGAGAACAACGACAAGAAAACGUAGGUCGGGAACACUUGAUGAGCACACGAAUGUCUUCCCGAAGCGACGAAAUAUAGCCAAGGCACGCGCAAUCAAGCACACAUGGUAGAGCGCGUGUGUAGAAGGUCAAAUCACUUCAUCACUUCAUGGACAGGGAAUCAUCACGCAGUUAUCGGAGCAGACUCGGCGAAGACACUGCGCGGCCCAGUUAUCAAAACUUCGGUGUCCGACGACUAAGAGUUUGCUAUCAGUAGUUGUGCAAUACUCAUUACAGUACAUUGUCCAAUAAGGCAUCUUAAGCCACCUUUCGGUUGUAUAUACAAGUUACGCGAAUUAGGAAGGCGAAUAAAGAGAUCCCGUUGGAAAUAACGUAGAUCAUGCCAGCGCAUCCACGGUAUAGUCUCUACGGAACACACAUGGUAUCCAAGUACGAUUGCCAGUGGUUGAUUGUGCAUACACUGAGGCAAGACAAAGAGUAAAGAGAUCACGAUACUUUUGACAGUGUGUAUGCCGCAAAAUAAGCGGAAAUCUGAAACAAUGAUAGAGGGCUUGCAAAUUAUUAGCACAAUGAUGCGCUCCGUUUACUAGCUGAGGCAGUUGGGCAUCAACCAUGAACACAUGUCUGCAGUCCAAGGCACAAAUAUAUACGAGCCACAGAAGGCGCGAAAGACGGGAGAGCCUCAGUUUCUUCUUUGCUAAGCAGUGCAGUUGUAAAUGAACAAGGUCGUAUAGUUUGCGCUUUCUAUGUGCGACGGCUGACCACAAUAUAAAUGCAACACCAUUUCAUUUUGAGGGUUAGGGCAUAAAAAAAAAAUCGAGAUUUCUUUAUUUUGCAGAUUCUGUGUUCGUAAACUGUAACUCUACGAUGUCACCUUUAUUAAGGCGGCGCAAAGGUUUACAUGCAUUAACAUGACUAUACACAUACACUGUAUAUAACGAUAUAGUGAUAAGGGAAAUAGAAUAUUACAAACACAAUAUUGUUGCAUGGGUGUGGCGGCACCACAAUGUAGUGAUCCUACAGUCUAAAGGAUGUGCGCGAACAAGUGAUUUUUGUUUUCCUACUUCGGCAUCAUCGUAGUGGUUCAACGUUUGUUCGCCGCUGGUGCGAGAUAUCACACGUACAACGGAACACAGAGUCACACAGUUUAUACAGACAAACGGGGAAAAUCAUGUCCACAGGUCGUGCGCUUCGAAACGAAGCUCUAUAUCUGUAAAGCAAGCAGCACGCUUGGAACUUCAAUAAACAUCUGUCAUUUUGUUUGUUCGUUGAAA